AUGGGGGAAUGUACUCCUGUGAGGCAGAAGGAAACCUCUGUCAUGGCACAAUCUCAGGGUGCAAGGCAUUGUCUCUGUCUUGCAGCUAAACCAAUUGACAUUCUUCAAGAGCUGAGUAACGUGGAGACCAUUAAUGGUGGGGAAGCACUUUUUGAAUGCUCCUUGUCCCGUCCUGAAACCAAGGAUUGCCAGUGGUUAAUCGAUGGCAAGCCUGUAAAGGAGUCCGCAAACGUUGAGAUUGUUUCCUUUGAGAGUGGUAGACGCCAUCUUCUGCUUUUAAAGGACUUGCAUCCUUGUGAAAACACAAGGGUUACAUUCCAAGCCGGCACUUCAUCAACCACUGCUCUUCUGUCUGUCAAAACUUGGCAACUGGAGGUGGUCAAGCCUUUGGAGAAUAAGACUGCCAUUGCAGGAGAACAAGUUGAGUUCACUUGUGUUUUGAAUGAAGCUGUGCCUGAGAGUGAAGUGACUUGGUAUGCAAAUGGUGUUGAGCUAAAAUGUAAUGACCAAUGGGCCAUGAGAGCAAGUGGCUCUUCCUACAGCCUAAUUUUGAAGAAAGCCCAGGCUCAGCCCACACAGGAAAUAAACAUUUGCAGCACGGGAUGCCUUAUCAAUGGCCAAAACUCAUCACAAUAUCUGUGCCUGAUCCCCCUGAAGACCCAGAGCUGGUUAGUAAAGGUCCAGAGUUUGUCACCUUGUCUUGGUUUCACGCCCCUUAGUGAUGGAGGAAGUCCAAUCACUGGUUACCGUGUGGAAAUGCGUCUAGUAGACAGUGCCCUCUGGCUGCCCUGCCACACAGAACCGGUAUGCAACACUGAAUUUCUGGUUGAAAACCUCAUACCUGGGGCAGGUUACAGGUUCAGAGUGGCGGCCAUCAACCGUGCUGGUAUUGGAGAGCCUGUUCAGCUGCCUCAAACUGUGACACUUGAUGAACCAGUGAGCAUGACCAAAAUGUUAAGCAGCUCUAAGACCCAAAAAGGAAAGAUGGUUCGUUUGGAGUGUGAACUUUCUGCAGAGAGCAAAUCAGUCACAUGGCUAAAGGACAACGAGAGAUAG